GUUUUUAUUGCAUCAGGGUCGGUCUGGGUCUAAUUAAAACCUUGUUUCAGUUUCUUGUUAGGCUAAUUGUAGCUACAUUUAAGAGCUAAAUAAUAUUAAUUACAUCUACUUACUUUAGGGUUAUGGUUGAAGGAUGAGGGUUUGGUUUAGGUUUACAGUAGUUCUAUGUAAUUAUGCAUAAUGUAGCUAUUGCUAUUACAACCUACAUGUAAUUUCUAACAAGGACGCCAUAAAGAGUUACCAUAGGCUAUACCUCUAAAGUAGCCUACAACAAAUAACAUACUGUAGUAAAAUAUUCCAUUUAAAUAAAGUAGACUUUUUGUCUUUGCACAUUUGUGAUUUGACUUUAUCAAGUAGAAGAUAAAAACGCAUUAAUGUUGCGCUUCUUUCAUUAAAACACUGGAGUGAUGUAAGCCCGUCCCCCUUGAAGAGUAAACCCGAUUAUUUGCCCUGCGUAGAGAGAGAGAGAGAGAGAGAGAGAGAGAGAGAGAGAGAGAGAGAGAGAGAGGCGCGGAGCUCAACAUCAUCAGUCGCAAUAACGGUUUAAUCAUUCCUCACCGUGGACGACUGACACCAACCUCAGCAUCUUAAACGCUUUAUUAGAGACAAGAAAAGAAACACGCAUUAAGAAAACGACACUUUUCCUGUGGUGCUGGUGAUUUUUGGUGGAUUUUAAGUGUGAAGCGGUGAAGUCCACCCGGCGGCUCAACACCUUCCGUCACACCGCAGGACAAACUUCACCGGACCAUGAAGUACAGCUACUGGAAUCUUUGAAUUGAGCGGAGGAAGUCGAGAGAAGAAAGCCCGGUUUGAAGAAAAAGCGAGCCAAAACAGAGGGACAAAAGAAUAAAGUUCAUUAGAGCAAGAGAGAAACGAAAAGACGGGGACAAUGGGGAGGAAAAAGAUUCAGAUCACACGGAUUAUGGAUGAACGUAACAGACAGGUGACGUUUACAAAGAGAAAGUUUGGCCUGAUGAAGAAAGCCUAUGAGCUGAGCGUGUUGUGUGACUGUGAGAUUGCCCUCAUCAUCUUCAACAGUACUAACAAGCUGUUCCAGUAUGCCAGCACAGAUAUGGACAAAGUGUUGCUCAAAUACACUGAGUACAACGAGCCACAUGAGAGCAGGACCAACUCUGACAUUGUUGAGACCCUGAGAAAGAAGGGUCUAAAUGGCUGUGACAGCCCAGACCCCGACGCAGACGACUCGGUGGGCCACAGCCCAGAGUCAGAGGACAAGUACCGUAAAAUCAACGACGACAUUGAUCUGCACAUGAUCAGCAGACAGAGGAUAUGUGCUGUGCCCUCUUCCACCUACGAGAUGCCCAUCCCCGUGAAUAACCAGAUAUACCCAGGCAAUCAUAACCUGCUUCCACUGGCCCACCACGGCCUGCAGAGAAACAGCAUGUCACCUGGGGUCACACACAGACCACCUAGUGCAGGUGGUCUGAUGGGCACUGAUCUCUCCACUGGCGCGGGCACCAGUGCUGGUAAGGACGGCAUCCCCACAUACUACAGAAAUGGCUAUGGAAACCAUCGUAACUCUCCAGGACUUCUGGUGUCCUCCGGAGGCAUGAACAAGAGCAUGCAGGCCAAGUCCCCUCCACCAGUGAACCUGGGGAUGAACAGCCGUAAACCUGACCUACGAGUUCUCAUCCCACCCGGGGCCAAGAACAACAUGCCCUCUAUUAAUCAGAGAAUAAACAACUCUCAGUCCGCGCAGUCACUGGCGACCCCCGUGGUUUCUGUAGCGACACCUACUCUACCGGGACAGGGAAUGGGCGGCUACCCAUCAGCCAUUUCCACCUCAUAUGGUACUGAAUAUUCCCUGAGCAGUGCGGAUCUCUCCUCGAUAUCUGGCUUUAACAGUGCCAACACUCUGCAUCUGGGCUCAAUGAGCGGAUGGCAGCAGCAUCAGAUCCAGAACAUGCAGCACUCUGCUCUCAGUCAGCUGGGAAAUUGCUCUAGCUCUCACUUAUGUCAGGGUUCAAAUCUCUCCCUGCCCUCUACUCAAAGCCUGCACAUCAAGUCCGAACCUGUUUCUCCUCCUAGAGAUCGAUCCAGCAGCACCACGCCCGCCGGCUACGGCCCGCCACUGUCCCACCAGCAGCACCAGGGCCUGCCCCCACAGGGGCGACAGGACUCGGGCCGCUCCCCGGCCGACAGCCUCAGCAGCUGCGGCAGCUCGCAUGAAGGCAGCGACCGCGACGACCACCGUCCCGACUUCCAUACGCCAUUAGGAUUGGGCCGGCCCGGCCUGGAUGAGCAAGACAGCCCAUCCAUCAAGCGUGUCCGCCUCUCGGAGGGGUGGGCCACAUGAUAAGCCAUGCCCCCCUUGGACUGCCCCAUCCUCGAUCUUGACCUCCCCAUGCGAAGCAGCUCACAUGCUAAUCAUUGCUCUCCCUUAUCCUCUGAUUUGCUGUAGAGAGGGGAGGAAGUGCUCUCGAAAUUACCUGUAUUUUUAUUAUUAUUAUUAUUAUUAUUUCAACAGAUUAUGUCUAAUAUACAUAUUGUUGUGAUUGAUGGGUUUUCAGGGAGGGAAGCGACAAGGAGGACUGAUACACCAGGGUUGGGGAGGGUUUAGUGGGUGGGGUUACUAUGCAUAAUAUGUGCAGUUUGUGGAAUACAAUGUAAAGAAUUACCAUAUAUGCAUAUAUAUUUACACGUUGUGUAGGUGUACAUGUAUGCAGAGUAACAAACCAACAAAAUGUGUCAGGUACUCUCUGAUAUUUUUUUUUUUUUUUUUUUGCAAAGUACAUGCCUCAGUGAUGUUCAGCCACAAGAGGAGCACAGCAGAGAGCGUAUCGCGGAGGUGACAGCUUAGCACUUGAGUCGUUGUCCCUGUACAAUAUGUACAGAUUCCUUUUUUUAGAUUUUCCUCUCUUCAGGAGGCCCUCUUCGCUAAAUGUAUGUUAUGGGUGACAAUGUCAUGUUGCAGGUUCAACGUAUUGUACAUAGAGAAAAGGCUGGGACACGGGGGAACGGUCAAGGUUGCUGAUUACACACAAACAUAACUGUUAUGCAAGAAUUUCGAAGGAUUGUACAGAUAUAUGUGCAGGUUCUUUGGUUAAGUUAUGGGGGAGUGGGUAUUUCAGAAAAAAACUAUAAACAAAAAACUCUCCUGCUGAUGAAAGAAGAUAGUAGGACGGGGAUGAAGGACUUUAAAUUAAGAGCCAUGUUACUUCAGUCUGAUGACAUUUUAACCUAGGAUUUGCAGUUGUUGUUCAGUAUUAAAAUAAGAAAAAGAGAAAAAAAAAGUAUGAUACACUUGCUUAUAUUUUCAUAUCAAAAAGGAAUACAAUGCAAAGCAUUUUUGUGGCUUUUUGUAGUUUAUAAGAGCCAGAAUGUGUUUUGAUAGCUUUGCUUAUAUGAGAAAUGAAAAAGGAUGAGAAACCUUGGGCUUUUCAAACCGUAAGCCACGAGAACUAAGACAGUGAACCCUUGCUUUGCUCAGUGUUUUUCUCUCUCUCUCUCUUUCUUUGUAGAAGUUUUGUUUUUAAAUGUGUAUUUCUAAGUAUAUUGAAUAUUAAUAUUAAGAAACUUUUUUAAAAAAAAAAUCUGUGAAAUUAACAUGCUUGUGUAUAGCUUUCUAAUAUAUGAAUAUAUAUGAUAAAAAAAAAUAUGGUCAUAAUGUUUUCCCCAUUGCGGGGAUGUGCAGUUGCAUACGUUUAAUCGUCUUUUCUUUCCCCUUCUUUUUUUUCCCUUCACCGGACUGAGUCUUUCAGGGGCAAAUGCAUUCAGAAUGAUGCUUUUAAAUUUAAGUUGCACUCAUAAACAUGCCCCCCUUUCCCCUUUUUAAUAAGCACAAGGUAUCCACUCUGGUCUGGAAUAUUCACAACAUUUUCCAGUCUCACAUUAAUUGACAUUGCACUGAAGAUUUUCUAAUAUACGACAGCACAGUCAUAGAUACCUCAUGACUGCUUGUGUAAGCUUGUAUCAUCAGUUAGUGGAUUGUGACUAGUUUUGUUCAGUUGAUAUACAUAUCUAUCAUUGUGCAUUCUGUGAUUUUGACAGGACAUGUGUUAGUCUGUUUUUUCUACCAAAGACAAGUGAUGUUAUGUUUGCCGAUCCAUUAUCCUUUCUGGUGUUUCUUCACAAGUUGUUCAUAGUGGCUGGUACCUCUGACUCACCCUCCCAGUGCCUCAGAUUACCUUUCAAACGAGUUGGUCUUGUUGAGAAUUGGGAACAUUCUCCUCUAACUAACAAGUGUACGGUAUUGUGAAAACGCCAUUGUUUGUUAUAUAGAUUUCAACUGUCCAUAUAUGGCUCCGGUUAAUUUUAUUUCCUUUUUUUAAUAGAAUUUUUUUUUUUUUUUUUUUUGGUUGACCUUUUUGUUUUUUCCUCUCUCUAUCUCUCUCUUUCUCUUGUUGUUUCCAUUAAGUAUAUAAUUAACAAAAUAAAAAUGAAAAAAAAAAAUGCUGAAAAAUUCUGUAGUAACAAAUGUAGCUUGUAUAAACCUACAGCUAACCAGAAGAAAGAGGCUUUCAGCGGCACAAGCUGGACUUUGUCGCCACUUGAAGACAAGAUGUCAUUAAAUUAAACCACAUCUCUGUAUCUCAAGGGACUUGAUUCAGCUGUAAUGUAGUAAAAAUUAAUGUAUGGAAUAAAAAUUGUUUCUCCUGCUGGGACUAAAAAAAGGUAUUUGUAUUUUGCAGAGAAUUCAGUAAACUUACUGGCUUUCUUAGUUA